UGCAAAGCAGCCAAUUCUAUGGUUAAUUUAAUAGCAUUAAAAGGAUAAAGUGAUUAAUUUUCACCCAAAUUAAUUGUAUCAUUCCGGACCUGCUUUCUUUGAAAGAAGAUAUUAAGAUAAAUCUCACAGUUUUCCUCCUGCCAUGCCGUGAAAUUCAUAGUUAACCUUCAAAUUAUCCUCUUUUGUGUUUCACAGAAUCAUGCAGGUUUGGACCGCUUUAAGGGUAAGGAAUUGAUGACAGAAUUUUAAUUCAUGGGCUGUCCCUUUAAUCUAACAGCAAAUGCAAAAUAUGCUGUUUUUCCGUCUCCCGUCUGGUGCCAGUGAAGCGGCAGCACUAGAGACAUACUGUGCAGAUAUAGUGACAGCAGAUAUAAAACACAGAGGAGACUCUGAGCUCCGUGCGCAGUGUCGGAUCGUCUCGUUUAGCCAUGCGUAACAGACGUGGUGACGCUGAUGCGGGACCCUGUAGCUUCUGAAGUGCCCACUGCUUGCCACUUUCCAUCUCCCUUUGUAAAUAGCGAAGAAAGUUUUUUUUUUUCUUCGCUGCUCCCCUGAACUUAAGUAUAGUUUAUUUUGCGUCGAGCUUUUUAAUGCACGGUGGCCGUAUUAUACAAGACAACUGAAAUAUACCAAACGUUCACAAGCAGUCACCGCGUACAAGAAGGGCCGCUGGUUAGUUCUCCCUUCUGCCGCUAGAUGGCAGGAACACUCUAUUCUGUAAUUCACCAUUGAAAGACCGACAACAGGUAGUUAAACAGAAGAUGAAAUGUAGCCUACACAUUACAAUAUCUUUCUAAAAUUAUUUUUCUUUGACAUGAUUGUUUAUUUUGUUUUCUUCACCAAUGUAUCACCCGAAUAGGCAUACGCUAUUAGGCUAGUUAAUAGGUCGUUGUAGGUGUAGCCUAAAUACACGGUUUUAAAUCGAAUAUAUUUUGUUUUGCUCUUUGUUAUUAUUAUUGCUAACAGUUUUAUCAAAUCUGCUGUUAAUUUGUCCAUGGAAAAAAGUGCAUGUUCAUCUCUCAGUGACACACUUCAAAGAACACGAAACAGAUGUGAAGUGUGCUCAUUAGCUGAGCAAAAUCUGCGCACCGUGACUGUUUCCAUGCACCGAGGGAUCUAGAAGAAAACAUCAGGAUACGACACUUUAUUUCAAGUGAUUCCAGAUAAACAUAUGAAAGAGAAAAAACAAGUAAAAUACCUCAUUCUGCUAUAGGACUUUUUUGACAAUCUUUAUUCUCCUACUGUUUUUAAACGGACAGAUAACUUUUCUCGAAAUGCCAGGUCAAUUAGUUUUUAGAACCUGUGCCAGAAAAAGACACAUUUGCUGUUGAAAACUGUUGAGGGAUCUUGACCAAGCCUUUUCUAAACUACAAAGAUCUGCAACAUCUGUACAGGAACAUGCUCGAUCCCGUCUGCUUAUAAUUGGGACUCACUCGGCAGGCUGUCAAAAUGUUACCAGUUAAUUUAGUCGACUUGUCUGAGUAUAGCUAGAAGAUAUCUGGCUUCCAUUAAAUUGGUUCGUUUGGAGAGUUGCAUUCCUUCUUUUAAGGAAGAUAACAGAAUCUUAUUUUUAAGGAAAUUAGUUACAUAUCAGAAUAGCCUGUUUAUACACCUCCGCGCAUAAAUAAACGCAGAACUGUCAAACUUAAAGAGAAGCAAUUAGCGGCCAAAAAGUUGCACAUUCUGCAGAUUCAGGCGGGAAGCUCGGCAAUAGGCUGUAAUGUUCAGUGUCUAUAAAAAGCUCCCAUGACCAAACUGGAUACCAAGUGAAUUUUAUUAAAAGUCUUAUAGACUGUAGGGUUGCGCCAUAUUUAAUUUUUGACAGGUAUCAACAAAGUUGCGAGUGAUAGAAAUAGGCUAACAGUGUGCAUUAAUGCAACUUGUUUAAGUUUGAAUAAAUGUCUUAAAGAAAAGAAGAAAGAAAGAAAGUCCAGUUUUGAAAGUUGUUAGAUGUUAAAUUACUUGUUCUACUAGAACCUUAACAUUCCAAAGUCUGUAAGUCUAUCAAGCACAGCCUCGUUUUCAUCCGCGUUAAAUCCAAUGUCCAACCUGAGGUGUAGGCCUACGACAUGAUGAUUUUGAAGUCUCCUGAGUUUAUAUUCUAUUUAUAAUUCUAUUUCUUUCUCUUUUUUUUUUCUUCUUUAUUUGUCAUUGAAUAAAUAACGAUUAACAUGUAGCUAGCUAACAUUAGCAUACACUUAAGCCGCAGGGAAAGCGUCCAACAGCUUCAAAUCUAAACCACUGGGUGGCAGAAUGUCAAGAAUUCAAUUCUGUGCGAAUUUAGAAUCCAUGAAAACAGCACUCCUACAACUGUGUUUCUCAAUAGGCUAUUUGAAUUCAUCAAUUAAAUGUAUUGGUUAUUUGUUAUUAAGACCCUAAGCCUUCCAAACUCUAGAAAGAAAAUAAACAAAGGUACAAUAGUUUAAAACAAAGAAAGAACAUGCGUAAAACUGUUUCGUUGGAUUACUGUCUUGUUCUUUAAACAUUAUUUAAUGUCAGGGCUGUUCAGUUUGGCUAGGCUGUACAUCAGCUUCUGACUCUUUUCACAACACACUUGAGUUUGGAGCGCUUUUGUGAGGCUGGAGCGGGGUCUGGUUGUGUCCUCAGCACUCUGGACAGCGCCUGCACUUGCUGCUCCACCGCUGCUUAUACUCAUACAGGCUGCCAUAAAAUAUCAGUCAAGAAAAACAUGAAUGGAGCCGAUACAUUUCACUACUCUUGAUUUACAGCUGUUUCCCCCCGUCUAGCGAUUUUCAGUUGACUUGAUAACCUCCAGUGACGCGCGGCUCAUUUGCACGAUCUGACAUCUUUAUUCAUAAAUAGCCCCCAUUCACAUCUCUCUGACGUUCAUCUACCCUCUGACGAAACCUGCUCCUAUAAGAUUCACAGUAAGUUUGGCUGACUCGGAAAUGUGCUGUACUGCUCUUCUCCUGAGGCGAUAGUUGGGCUCUUUUUUUGCACCGUUGGUGGCAGUUGAGUGGCUGGCGGCUGAUUCACAAAGGUCUCUUUUCCUUAGGUCUCAAUGAAUUUCGGUUCUUUAGAGAUACAACGACUUUAGCAGAGAGAAGAUGAACAUCCAUGUGGAGGGGUUGGUGGCGAUUGUCAUCUUCUACUUGCUGAUCCUUGUAGUGGGAAUCUGGGCAGCAUGGAAAAACAAGAAUUCCGGCGUGUUGGAGGGAGCUGAUCGCAGUGAGACCAUUAUGGUCGGCGGAAGGGAUAUUGGAUUAUUUGUCGGCGCAUUUACUAUGACUGCAACUUGGGUCGGAGGGGGUUAUAUCAACGGCACAGCAGAGAAUGUUUAUCUUCCCGGGUACGGCUUGGCAUGGGCACAGGCUCCCUUUGGAUAUGCGCUCAGCCUUGUUUUGGGUGGGCUUUUCUUUGCUAAACCUAUGCGCUCCCGGGGUUACGUCACCAUGCUUGACCCCUUCCAGCAAUUGUAUGGAAAAAGGAUGGGUGGUCUGCUAUUCAUCCCUGCACUAAUGGGGGAAAUGUUCUGGUCAGCCGCCAUCUUAUCUGCCCUUGGGGCCACUCUGAGUGUGAUCAUUGACAUCGACAUCAAUAUUUCUGUGAUUAUUUCGGCUCUUAUUGCCAUUUUCUACACGCUGGUGGGAGGACUGUAUUCAGUGGCCUACACUGAUGUUGUCCAGCUCUUCUGCAUUUUUUUAGGACUGUGGGUGAGCGUCCCUUUUGCGCUCUCAAACCCAGCUGUGUCUGACAUCGGAGUGACAGCAGUGAAGCAGCUCCAUGCUAAUCAGACCGCAUGGCUUGGGAAGAUAGAAAGCUCUGACAAAUGGAUGUGGGCUGACAACUUCUGCCUUCUGAUGUUGGGGGGGAUUCCCUGGCAGGUGUAUUUUCAAAGGGUUCUUUCUGCCUCUUCAGCUACCUAUGCUCAAGUCCUCUCCUUCCUGGCUGCCUUUGGUUGUAUCAUCAUGGCUAUUCCCUCCGUCCUGAUCGGAGCCAUAGGGGCUUCCACAGAUUGGAACCAGACAACCUAUGGUCCAAUUCCUCCCAUGCAGAGGGACCAGUCGGACAUGAUUCUACCGAUCGUGCUACAGCACCUGUGCCCAGCCUAUAUCUCCUUUUUUGGACUGGGGGCAGUUUCUGCUGCAGUGAUGUCAUCCGCUGACUCAUCCAUCUUGUCGGCCAGCUCCAUGUUCGCUAGGAACAUCUACCAGCUCGCUUUCCGGCAAUCGGCUUCAGACCGUGAGAUCGUGUGGGUCAUGCGGAUCACUAUUUUUGUGUUCGGGGCUCUAGCGACGUCUAUGGCUCUCCUGACUGGGACGGUCUAUGGUUUAUGGUACCUGAGCUCUGACCUGGUCUACGUCAUCAUCUUCCCCCAACUCCUCUGCGUUCUUUUCAUCCGUGGCACGAACACCUACGGCUCGGUGGCUGGAUACAUCUUUGGAUUGAUCCUGCGAGUUGGUGGAGGGGAACCAUAUCUCAGACUGCCUCCAUUCAUCUACUACCCUGGAUGGACCAUUGAGGAGAAGGUCCAUCAUGUGACCAAGGAGGUGGAAUACUUGGUGUUGCAGAGGUUUCCCUUUAAGACAGCUUCCAUGCUGGCCUCGUUACUAAGCAACAUGGCUUUCUCAUAUCUGUUUAAGUACCUGUUUGAGAGUGGCACUUUGUCAGCUAAAUAUGAUUUCUGGGAUGCAGUGGUGGCCAAGCACAGUGCCGAAAUAAUGGACAAAACCACUCUGGUGAACAAGAACAUCAUUGGGCUGAAUGAAAUGGCCCCGGUCAAGCCAAGACUUAGUGUUACUUUAGCUGCUACCUUCACCAGGAAGGAAACCCUGACCGAAGAGGAGGACUCCAGCCCGGAGUCACCGAGUCAUGAGAAUCAGUAGAGACCCUAUGUUCAGUCCUGAGAAGACUCUCUGUUGGUUCCAUAAUGUGAAGGACAAGGCUUCACCCAAUAAGUAAAGAAAUAUCAGAUUUUAAUUACAUAGUUAAUUCACUCCACACUCCUUCUCUGGAAUUUCCAUCACUUCUUUCAAGAUGGGAAUGGGACAGCAACUGAAACUCAAUGAAAAUGGCAAAGAGAGAAGAAAACAGCAGUGAUUCGAGUGGUUUGAGUAAUAUUAGGAAAAAAAAAACUGACUUGAUGGUGUUAAUAACCCUGAGAAGCUCUUCGACUCCUGUCGGUAUGUACAAACCCUGAGUGACUCUCCUUUCCCUUCUAAAGAAAAUGUUGAGAUACUGUGAUAAACCUUGGGAAAUAAUUAUAUUAAAAGGUUAGUUCACUCAAAGAUCUUCUGUCAUCAUUUGCUCGACCUGGAUGACUUCAUUUCUUCUGUAGAACAUAGAAAAAAAAGAAAAAAAAAAUGUCUCUUCUUUUCUUCCAUACAGUCAAAGUCAAUAGACUUCAGUGUUCUCUUGGACCUCAUUGACUUUCAUUGCAUGGACAAAAAAAGCAGUUAAAAUAUCAAGUUAUAAAUGAUGACAGAAUGUCCAUUUCUCUGUGAAUUAUCCAUUUAAUUUCCUAAACCUGGACAAAUAUCAGUCCAGAUUUGAAAAAGAAAAAGAAAACGUAACACAGUGAUUAUAAUAUAUCCAAUUAUAGCUAUAUAUUAAUAAAUAAUAGGUGUAAGUUCAUGUGUCAUGCCAUUACUUACGUCAAACUCCCAUGAUAGAUAUUAGUGCAGAUUAUCCUAUCGUCCUAUCAUAAAAAUCAAAUGUAGCUAAACGGUUAUAAGCUGUUUCAUAAACAUGUAAUUAUAUAACAAGUGAUGUGCUUCCCAUCUACCAACUACCUUUAACAACUGUGACAUAAGUGCACAUGUGGCAAAUGUCUUUUUCAUGUUCAUAGUGCAAUAUUAAGAAGGAAAACAAAGAACAUGGAGAAUAUACAGUAUAUAAUCUUGUAAUCGCCUUAACUAGCUACAUUGAUUAGAUGGGGGUGAUUGGACAUUAUGCAAACCCAGUUCGUCACUUUGUUGUACUUGAAAAUGAAUGUAGCUGCAAAUGAUUUACCAGAUGUAACAACCUCCGGGGUCUGUGCUGUGUUAUUUUUUGUGAUUUGCAAAGUCAUACGUAUGUCAAAAGAAGUCAUUGUACCUGGUUUCAGGAUGAGCCAGCUGCUGUGUUAUUUUGUUGGCUUUAGCGAUACAGAAAUGUGUGUGAUGUGUGUAUUUAUAUUCCAAUGAAUAUAAUUGUCCAGUAUUCCACUAAAAUGUAAAGUGUCACUUUACCGUUCUGUAU